UUUUUUGCUAAAAUGUAGGUCAGAAGUGUCAGAGGCAGCCCUCCCCCUGCUGGCCGGCGCUGGUAACUCUGGAGUGGCUCCAGGCGCAUAAAGGCUGGCGGUCAGUGUGCGCUCCGCCGCUGCCAGAGACACUUCUGCGCUUCCACAAGGGCGAGAGACGCGCGCACGGCACCGGCGCCCAGGAGCUGGGGACUAUUGCGAGACUCUGCAAGUUUUCGGUAACCGUCUUGCUCUUUUGAAACUGUUCGCGAGGAAGUCAUCGCGUCUGUUGUGGAUUUUACUUUUUGCCUGUGUUAUGCGCUGAGCUCUUCAUUCACGGAGUUUUAACCGGCGGGAUUUCUAAAUUUCAAGGCAUCUAUUGGGACACCAGGAAUCCAUCUGCAUCUCUGAUAUGGGACUUUAGGUUUACACCUCUCAUAUCGUCUUUCCUGGAGUCGAUUCGGCUGGUUUAAAACAUUUACGCUCUUCCAGAAAUGGUGGGGCAUUUACAUUUGCAAGCUAUGGAUGAGAGUUUGAAAGGAAAGAACCGGGAGGGACUGCUUGAUAGUCCGGAUUCAGGACUCCCUCCAAGCCCCAGUCCGCCCUUCUACUCUCUGUCACCGGGGAUUCUCGAGUCGCGCUCCGGCAGCUGCUCAACCCCAAACGAGCUGCAAGGAUACUGCAGAAAGGAGAGCCGGGAAGGCAAACUGCUGCCAUACUUGCUCCUAAACUCUCAAGGUCCAGAUGCGAAGUCACGCAUGUACCCUGUGGUCUACGGAGAGAGCAUCGAGGUUAACCCCAAACCAGAAAAAGAGAUCAAGUUCAACUCUGCGGUGAAGUACGCUUCAGAAAGACACUUCCGUGACCAGGUGUUCUGCGCCCAGGUCCCGACCGCCACAUCCUUCAGCGAGACGGUGGUGGCCGUUCACAACUGCACGUGGCGCAGCUACAAGUCAGAGGUUCACUUCGAGCCACGGCACAGGCCGCUACACUUCCAAAGCACCACCAUCGUGUUCCCCAAACACACCCGGAAUACAUACCGCACCACGCUCAACUACAACGGCAACAGAAACACAGCCGGCCGCCGGCGGUUUGUGUCCACAGUCAGGCUGGAGUCCACAGAGGACGCCAGCCCAUGCAUCAUUUACACAGAAGACCUCUGAGAGACGCGUGAUCCUUCCCACAAUUCAAAAACUCCCUUUGGUUAGAGAGCUACAGUGAGAGUACAUUCAACCACGGACGGCAAGAGGCUUCAAGAAGGAAACGAAAAGUCACUUUGUUCUUUUGCUUCCAUUGACAUUGGUACUUGAUGGUGGGGAUGAGCUGGAGUUCAGUGUGCGUUUGCGGCCUUUACACGUGUUUUACACGUCAGUGAUGCAUUUACGUUCAUCUUUUUCUUUUCAUUUUAAUAUCCAUUCGUACCAGUCAGGUGGAGGGAAACGCAUUUGGGGCAAAAGAGUUUGUGCUGUUUGCUGAUUCACAGGUCCACAGAGUUCCACAGAUCUCCAAAGAACGUCAGAUAAAUAUUCAAAAAAAUUAGAUCCCAAUCUUUUUUAUUAGUCAUUAUGUGUCUGGUACUAAAUUUUAGCGUGGUUUCGGUUUUUUUUUUAUACUUUGGCUAAUUUGAUAAGAUUGUAAUCCAAAAAUAAAACCGCAAUUUUCCAUUUUAAUUAUACAAUUAUAAUUCUAUAAUUUAAUACAAAAUUCUGCCAGUAUUCCCCCCAAAAAUGUAAAAAUAUGCCACGUGGGCCUACUCUAUCGUCUUAGUAUUGUCGAUUCUUACAAAUGCUCAAACAGGAAAGAGGUCAUGAUUAAAAUAAGCAUGAGCACAUUAUAUGUGGACGACAGCACAAAGUCAUUAGACUUUAGUCAGGUUAGAUGUAUUGAAUUUAACAUAGAUGUCAAAGACAUUAAUCUGUAGACUGUCAGAACUGGCUGAGGAAAUAUAAACUAUUUAAGUUGCACUUUUUUUCUUUUUGGCUGUAAAUGUGUUGGUAGGACUAAGGGCAAAUCAACGUGUAGGAGCACUUGAAAGGUUGGACCAAAGAUUCUGUCAAAUUCAGAGAAAGGGAAACACAACCAUUUCCUCCCUUUCUGUUUGUACCUCAGAGAACGUGGAGAGUUUCAGGAGCCGCCCGACGUGCUGAUAAUUCAGUGGCCAAAAUAAGAGCUGCACUCCCAGAACGACAGGAAACUGAAGGUUGUAUUCGCAACGACUGACUGAGCAUGUGUUAGAUGAGAGAAUCCGCCUCAUUUUGAUCUCAGAUGCUGGAUGUGUGAGACAGGGUUUAUCUCUGAGCUUCUUUGACCUCUUGAAGACUGUACGGCUAUACUUUGCGAUUGCACGGUUUGAUAACGUCGAAGGUAAUCAGUCCGACUUUAUUUGGAGCCAAAAUCUAGAUUCCCAAACCGAGGUCCCGAUUCCUCCAGCGAGUGUGUAACAAACUGUUUUGUGGAGCAGAGCUGUUGUUGUUUAGGCAAGCGAUGAGACGAAACGGAGCAGUGCCGCUGAGAGAGAGAGAGAGAGAGAGAGAGAGAGAGAGAGAGAAAGAUACCGACUGAGCAGAAAAGCUUUAUGGAGGUCUUAUGUCUGGACUAUACGCUUUCACUUCUGAAGUGGGUUUUGUAAAUGUAGAUCUCUUACCUCAUUCAUUUUCUAUUUUUAAUUUCGGAUUUUAUGUAAUAGAGAUCUUCUGGCGACUGAAAAUAGAACAAUGACAGAGUACGUUUCCGUUUGGUAUGUGGAUGUGUUUGAGUUUUAAGAGGAAAAGCUAAGUUUAACUUCCAGGACGAGGUGAAAAAAUCACCGGGGCUUAUUAAGAGAUGAAAUUACAGGAAGGCACGACUGAUGAAUAACUUCCUGUUCACUCAAGAUGGACAUUCGAUAAGUUGUUAGAGGAAUUUUAGCAAUGCGUUGAAAGCAGAUCUGAUGGGAGAUGUUUUAUUGUUUCCACAUGUAUGAAAUUUUAUGAUUACAUUUGUUUGGUGUACAAAAUGCUUUCCGCUAACAGAUGGAUUUUUGUUUGAUUUCCUAACACGGUGAUUUGUGUCUCUGUAAAAUACUUUCCUGUUGUAUAUGUGGCAUACAGCACUCGUAAUUCUCUUUAUAUUUUUGUAUAAUUCCCAGCUUGAUGGUCUUCUUUUGGACGACAGAUGAGAAAAUAAUUUAAGAAAAAAAAAAAACUAUGUAUAUCCAUACCGAUUAAAUAAAAGCCCCAAACCCUA